GUGGGUUAAUAUGAAAAUGCAAUUCUUGUUUUAUGCAUUACUCACCCUCAGAUUUGGAUUUUGCAGUGACGAAUUGAAGAGUGAGGUAAAGACCGUGACUGCUGGACAAAAUGUGACCCUAAGUUGUCCUCGCCAGACCUCCACUCUCUACCGAGAAACUUUUUAUUGGAUCCGACUUGUUUCUGGAAACUGGCCUGAAUUUCUCGGAGCAACAGUUAAUUUCAAGAUUGACGAUGUUUCCAAGAUUCCUCAUAUUCAGGCCAAAACAGAGGAAAGAGAAUUUCAUCUUCAUAUCAAUGAAGCUCAGCGAAAUGACACUGGACUUUACUACUGUGUUAAAGUCAGACAACUUGACUUCACAUUUAUGAAUGGAACAUUUCUGAAAAUUAAAGGUCAGGAAUUGGAUAUGGUCAAUUUUAUUCAGGACCCUCCAUCUGGCUCAUUUAAUGCAGAAAACUCAAACACUCUGCAGUGUUCAGUUCUCUCAGACUCUGAGAGGAAAACAUGUCCAGCAGAUAACAGGGUGUACUGGUUCAAAGCUGGAUCGGAUCAUUCUCAUCCCAGUUUCCUUUAUCUACCAGAAAACAGUGGAGAUGAGUGUGAAAGCAGUCCUGAAGCUCAAACUGCACAGAAAUGUUUCUACAAUUUUUCUGAGACCUCUGAGAGUGGGAUUUAUCACUGCGCUGUGGCUGCAUGUGGACAGAUAUUAUUUGGAAACGGAGCAAAACUUGGGGGUCUAGCUACCUUGGGUCUACCCGCUCCUCAGCCGCGCUUCGACUCGCUUCCUCCCCAUCUUCAGCUUCAUCCCAACGGACACCUUCCUCUGUGCUCCUUCAUCUCAAGGCUCCGCUCCAUCACCAGUAUUCGGACCGGGGUGAAGACUACAUCAGCUCAUAAGUCUUCUGCUGAGUUUGAGCGCCAACGAACUUUGUAA